AUGAUUUGUCGCACAGACCCUCGUGUCAAACUCGAAAAUGAACGCAAGCAAAAAGCCCGUUACCAAUACUCCGAUAAGAAUUUUGAGGAUCCCAGCAAAACUUGUUUAGUAAUCCCUGGAAUCAACAAUCACAAACGACCCUUGAAACAACCAAACGCAAGAGCUGUUAGCUCACAGAGUUCCACUGCAAGCGACAAUUCCAAUUCCGACUACUGGUCUGGAAAUGCUAGCGGUCCCUACACCAAUGAACGCAAACUUCUAUUGAAUAACAGCAACCAAACGACCACGGAUUGGUACGGAGAUGACAAGUCUGUGGAAUCUGCGCAACCCACCACGGAACGGUUCAAUUUGGGCGAGGUGAAUCCACCACCCGACAUGUCACCAGAUUUGCUCCAAUUGCCAAAACCAACCGAUCGGAGUCACCAGGCACGCAGACAACAACAUGCUUAUCAGGGGGAAACAGAACCAGCAGGGAGUCGUGGUCAAGAAGCAGGUCCAGGAGCAGCACAAUCACAAACGCAAACACGAACACGAACAAGUGCUGGAAAACCAUCCAUUCCCGUUCGCAACUUUAGUGGUGAUGGUGACGGUGACGACUCUGUCUUUGAUGGAGUGAUUGAAGUGGGCCGAUCGAAAAAGGCGGGACAAUCGGUAAUUUCCGGAUUGACAUCGGCCUCUCCGAACAGAUUUUCACCGCAGCAACCACAACGUCCUCAAAACUAUCGAACCAAUGGGUAUGCCGCCGAGGCACGAGAACGGAGGGAAUUGAUGCAACACAAUCUUACUGAAAUUUCGCAAGAAGAUGCUGCUUCGAGACAACAACCACCAUCGCCCAUUCAUCCAAUGAACAACAACAACAACGAUGGCAACACAUCAGUAGCGCCUUCCUUGGGCACCAACAGCAAUUCCACGCCCUCUUUUCGAAAAUCGGCUCCGGUCAAUGUCGACGAUUCCUCCUUUGCAGAUCCCACCGCCAAUGUUCAAGGAAUUCAUGCGACAGCCAUGGAGCAUGUGUUACGAGGAGAAUACGAUGUGGCGUUAGAAGCCUUUCAACAAGUGCUUCAAGUGUAUCUAACAAAACAUGGCAAGUCACACGCACUUACGGCUUCGGCUUAUCACAAUUUGGGGACCGUUCAUUCCAAACGGGCAGCCCUCCAAACAGGGGAAGAACAGCAACAUUCCAAGGAACAAGCACUUUUGUGUUUUCAAGCGGCUGCUCGGUCGGCGAGGGAUGCUCCGGAUUUGGGACCCACUCACCCCAAUGUGGCGGUUUCAUUAGUGAGAAUUGGAUUUUUGCUGUUGCAAACCCAACAAUACAAGAAUGCAGGAGUUACCUUUAUGGAGGCACUGCGGAUACGCAAGGCGCACUAUGGGCACAAUCAUUCGUUGGUGGCCAACUUGUACAAUAAUUUGGGUGUCUGUCAUAUGCAUUCGCAGGAAUUUGAAAAGGGGCGAGAUUUGCUGCAACAAGCACUGGACAUUCAAAGAAUACUUUUGCAACAAGAACCUUCUAAUGCUGCCAUGUUGGAGUUAGCCGAUACACUUUGCAACAUUGGAGGGUUGUGUUUGGAAUGGGUGCGGCAACAUGGCUCCAACCCACGCCACAUGACGGAUGCGGAGAGGUCGUUUGCGGAGGCAUUGCAGAUUCGAGCGGGAACCUUGGGGCAGGGACAUGGACUCACUGCUCAGGUUCGGGCGCUGUACGAAAUGGCAAAAUCGAAUCAUCUCCCACCGAGGGCAGACCCAGUACGAGCUCCAACACCGAGCUCCGCUUCGCAAUCAUCACGAUCUCCUAGUGGGAGAUCGACGAGAUCGACGGCAACUGCAAAACAUGCCAAUGUGGGGCCACCAAUCAACGCAAAUCAUGCUAAUAUGGGACCACCCAAUACCGCAAAUCAUCCCAAUAUGGGACCACCAAAAAGGGCACCACCAAGACAGGCGUAUCCACAGUAUUCAACACCCAUUGUGGCGAGCAAUACCGUUGCUCCGAAGACACCAGUGCGUGGACAACCUUUGAAGUUUUCGGCCGAUACACCUACCGGUAGAAGCACGAGAACAGCAGACUUGAGUCCAUGGUCCCGGGCGGCCAAGGAUGCUUUUGAUCCAUUCAAGGAAGGGAGCGAGAGCAACGAUGAAGAAGAGUUUCGAAGACAGCAACAAGCAGAGUUUGGCGCGUCGCCGUUUGAUGGUAUGCCCACUUCGAGCAAAAUUGCCGAACCGCCGAAAAUAGCCCGAGCUUCCAAUGAUAGCGAAAUGUCAAUAGAUGAGGAGUUGGAUUUGAUCGAAACGGAAGAGAGUUGUUUGUUACAGUCGGAUAGCAGUGGACAAUCGACAACAUUAAUAUCCUUUGCCGAAACUGCUGCGGACCAGGCGGAUUCCACCCUGAAACAAAAUGAUCGAUCUGCUUUGUUGAAUACGACAAAGGCGCUAUUGGAUGGGGGAAAUGGGGCAGUGCCUCCAACCGUCACCACCAAUGCCAAAGCAACCCCACGAGAGCUUGGACUCGCACCUCUUCGCGGAAAUUGGCCCGGAGGUAACAACAAUCGGAUUACCCCUGCUGUCCUAGAGAAUCCCGCGAAGCACUUGGGAACCGUGUACAAUUGCGCAGUCAACUUUAUGAGACGCCAAAAGUACAUGGAAGCGUUACACCUCUUUGAAAUAAUUGAGGAAAUUCAACGUGAGUGGAACAGCGAAGUGCACGAACAUGUGGCAUCUUCCGUGUACAAUUUAGGGAUUUGCCAUUUGAAGAUGCAUUCUUACUACAAGGCGAUGCAAUCCUUUGAAGAAACUACUCGGAUCCGGCAUACUAUCCAGGGUCGGAAUUCACCGUUUGUUGCAGCGUCUCUUGUAAAAGUUGGCGUUUGUCUCCUGCAACUCAAGAGAUUGGAAGAUGCGCUUUGGAUUUUUCGAGAAGCACUCUCCGUCCGAGAAACAAAUCUGGGGGGUGGACAUCCAUUGACGGCCAAGGUGAAGAACAACAUUGGCUGUGCCCAUGUGGAGAUGCAUCAGUUUGAAUUGGCACGAGAUGUGUUCGAAUCUGCCUUGGAGGCGCAGCAAGCGCACUUUUUGAAAAAUCCAAACGAUGGUCCAACCUUGUUUGCAAUUGCCACCACGCUCCAAAACCUCGGGUCAUUGCAUCAAAAGCAAGGCGAAACGGAAUAUGCCAUCAGAGCGCUGAAUGAAGCCUUGCAAGUAAAAGAAAAGGUACUUGGGCCAGAUCACACCGCUGUACUUGGCACCAUUGAUGCCAUUGCGGAAACGUGGCUGGACAGCGGAAACAGCGCCAUGUCACUGAAAUUCUACAAAGAGCACAUGGAUCGACUAACCUCCAGUCAUGGUACGCUCGAAGAAGCUUCCACGUUGUUCAAGGUGUCUCGAGUACACUUGAAACGACGUGAUGUUGUCUCGCAACAAAAAGCCUUGCAAAUGGCGGUGAGAGUCCUACAAUCAGAUCCUUCUACCAUGGGAUCGGAUGGAAGGUUUGCUUUAGAGAAGCGGAUACAACAGGAUAUGAAAGCUGCUAUUGCUCGGAGUCCUGAUAGAGGCCAAAAUAGAAGUUGGGUGUGA